CAAAAAUAUAGGCUCUACUUUCUGCGAGCGACUAGGAACCAGACGAAUGUGACUCCUGCAGAAGUUUCCUGAACAGUCAGUGCCUCUUUUUGUCUUUUCAUAUGCCAAAUAUAAAAAUCCUAAAUUUCCAUCUGUGACACGGCGCUCGGACACAGCUAAGUCCACGUGGAGUUAUCUUUGACAAAAGGACAUUCAGCAGACAGCAGUGGCUGACCGCAGAACUGUGACCCCGGCUCCUGCACCAUGCCUCCGCUGCAAUUCUGUGCCAAUCUAACGUGGCUGUUUACAGAGAUCCCGGAGCUCAGUCAAAGGAUCUACGCGGCGGCUGCAGUCGGCUUUCGCGCCGUGGAGGCUGCUUGGCCGUAUGAGGAGGAUCUGCAGGAACUGAAGAGCGCCCGGGACGCCACGGGAGUGGAGCUGGUGCUUAUCAACACUCCUCCAGGAAACCUUCGGGCCGGAGACCUUGGGCUUGGAGCAGUCCCGGGGAGAGAGCAGGAGUUCAGGCAGGGGCUGGAGCGAGCCAUAGAGUACGCGCAAGCUCUGCAGUGUAAAAGGAUCCACCUGAUGGCUGGUCGUGUUCCUCUGGGUUCACACAGAGCUGAGGUGGCCCAGGAGAUGGAGAGCAUCUUCAUCCAGAAUCUGGAGUAUGCUGCUGAUCUGCUCUCCAAGAAGGGCAUCACAGGUCUGAUUGAGCCAAUCAACACACGGAUCACUGACCCUGCCUACUUCCUGGACUCUCCUCAUCAUGCUGUGGCCAUCUUGGAGAGGGUGGGAAGGCCGAACCUGAAGCUGCAGAUGGAUGUGUUCCAUUGGCAGAUCAUGGAUGGAAAUCUGACACAGAACAUCAUCAGAUACUUCCCUUACAUUGGCCAUAUCCAGAUUGCACAAGUGCCAGAGCGGAAUGAGCCGGACACUCCGGGGGAGCUCAACUACAGCUACCUGUGGGAUGUCCUGGAGCGCCAGCACUACCAGGGCUUUGUGGGCUGCGAGUACCGGCCUCUGGGGGGAACCAUCACUGGGCUGGGCUGGCUCAAAGAGUACUGGACCCGGAAAGGAGAUCAGGAACACUGAGGCCGGUCUCCAUUCAGCAGCAGUCAAUUAAAUGAAAAUCACAAAGCUAGCAGUCAUAGGACGAAUUUGGAGCGGAGUUCCAUAUUAGGAAUAGGAAUUGAUCCUGGUGCUUUAAUUUCCCUGUUUUGUCCAGAAAUGAUGUAAAAUGGGUUUUAAGAUCAAAAUGACGAGCCUGACAGCAGCAGUUGUAGAGAGAAGUGCAAUAGUUUCUCAAUACAAAGUGAACUGGAGACGGUUUAUGGAGCCCCGGCUCACUUCCUAUUUGGAACACAGCGACUAGUGGACUAGCAAUGUUCACUUACACUCACAGUCUGUGAUAGUAUGGAUAAAAGGAUUAAAAAAAUCUUGUAGUCAUUUUGAAUGGCUUUAUUUUAUGUAAAAACAUCAAAUAGUACAGAGCAGUCUGCUAUUUUCAAGUCAUUUUAAUAAAAAUAUCAUCUUGCAUCUCAUUUGUUUUUAAUUUAACUUACUAAUGUACUUAUGACAUCAGAGCAAGUCAAACACAAACCCAUCGGGGUUAUUUUAAUAGAUCCAUGGGUGCACCCAUAGGCUCAUUCACAUCAACACCAAUUGGACCUAACUCAUCUCAAACAAGCAAAUUGAGUGCUUUAAGCGGCACCCUGUGGCGGUCAGGAGGAAAUGGGGGGGGGGAAAAAAGAUGAAGUAGACCUGUAUUUGUCUCACAUUGACUUUGUAUUGUUACAAAAGCGUAAGUACUGGUUCAGCUGCAAAAGCAGAGAAAUGUUGGACAUUGCAUAAUUUCUCCUUUAGGUCAGAACAAAUGCUGUCCUAUGCACCAUCAGCUCAUCUCCCGUCUGACACUGGAUCUUGUGACUUUCAGGUCACUGUGUUUUUAUGUCUGUCCAUUUUAAAUAAAGAUGUAACCUUUAUAGUUUUAUAGUUUUUACAUUUUCAAA